AUUCCCGUUUCAUUUCCUGACAACACCAGCACUUAAUGGCAACACAUAAAUGUCCUUAGCUGGGUCCUUCUCUCUCGGCCAUGCAGUGUAGCUACACGCUAGCCUCUCUCUUACUCUCAUACUCAUGAUCUUUCUUCAUGGCUAUUUUUAGUUUUCCUGGCUCAAGCUUCUUCAAGCCACUGAAACACAGCCGUCACACUCUUUCUCUCCCUCUGGCAUGUAUGUGCUGGUAGGAGCCCCCCAGGUAAAAAUUGCUGCAGAAAUCCUUUCGUGUUUCUUCCUCAGGAAAACUUAUGGCCUUGGGAUCACAGCUCCGUUUUUAAGAUGGACAUAAGCUGGACGACCUUCUGAUGGGCUGAAAACUUUGAGUUGGAUGUGGACAUUUUUCUCUCAGAUGACAGAAUCACUCCAACCUCCCCUUUGCCGUUGCUUCCUUUCCUCGAAGGUAGCUGUAUCUUGUUUUCUUUAAAAAGCUUUUUCUUCCAAAUUUGCCGGCCAUGCCGACCAUCAUUAGCGCGUCUGUGGCCCCACAGACAGGGACUGAGCCCAGAUCCCCAGGGCCGAUUCCCCAUCCAGCCCAGGGCAAGACCACCGAGGCUGGCGGCGGAAACCCGAGUGGCAUCUAUUCAGCCAUCAUCAGCCGCAAUUUUCCUAUUAUCGGAGUGAAAGAGAAGACAUUUGAGCAGCUUCACAAGAAAUGUCUAGAAAAGAAGUUUCUUUAUGUGGAUCCUGAGUUCCCACCGGAUGAGACCUCUCUCUUUUAUAGCCAGAAGUUCCCCAUCCAGUUCGUCUGGAAGAGACCUCCGGAAAUUUGCGAGAAUCCCCGAUUUAUCAUUGGUGGAGCCAAUAGAACUGACAUCUGUCAAGGAGAAUUAGGUGACUGCUGGUUUCUCGCAGCCAUUGCUUGCCUGACCCUGAACGAGCACCUGCUUUUCCGAGUCAUACCCCAUGAUCAGAGUUUCACCGAAAACUACGCCGGGAUUUUCCACUUCCAGUUCUGGCGCUACGGAGACUGGGUGGACGUGGUUAUUGAUGACUGCCUGCCAACUUACAACAACCAACUGGUUUUCACCAAAUCCAACCACCGCAAUGAGUUCUGGAGUGCUCUGCUGGAGAAGGCAUACGCUAAGCUUCAUGGUUCCUACGAAGCUCUGAAAGGUGGGAACACUACGGAAGCCAUGGAGGACUUCACAGGAGGAGUGACAGAGUUUUUUGAGAUCAAGGAUGCUCCCAGAGACAUGUACAAAAUCAUGAAGAAAGCCAUAGAGAGAGGUUCCCUCAUGGGCUGCUCCAUUGAUGAUGGCACAAACAUGACCUAUGGAACCUCUCCUUCUGGGCUGAAUAUGGGCGAGUUGAUUGCACGGAUGGUGAGGAAUAUGGAUAACUCACUGCUCAGGGACUCAGACCUCGUCCCCACUGGCUCAGAUGACAGAGCGACACGGACAAUUGUUCCAGUUCAGUAUGAGACAAGAAUGGCCUGUGGGCUCGUCAAAGGCCAUGCGUACUCGGUCAUCGGGCUAGAGGAGACCCUGUUCAAGGAUGAGAAAGUGAAGUUGGUGCGGCUGCGGAACCCCUGGGGCCAGGUGGAGUGGAACGGCUCCUGGAGUGCUGGUUGGAAGGACUGGAGCUUUGUAGACAAAGACGAGAAGGCCCGUCUGCAGGACCUGGUCACUGAGCAUGGAGAGUUCUGGAUGUCAUAUGAUGAUUUCAUCUACCAUUUCACAAAGCUGGAGAUCUGCAACCUCACAGCCGAUGCCCUGGACUCCGACAAGCUUCAGACCUGGACGGUGUCCGUGAACGAGGGCCGCUGGGUGAGGGGCUGCUCUGCCGGAGGCUGCCGCAACUUCCCAGAUACUUUCUGGACCAACCCACAGUACCGUCUGAAGCUCCUGGAGGAGGACGAUGACCCCGAAGACUCGAAGGUGAUCUGCAGCUUCCUGGUGGCCCUGAUGCAGAAGAACCGGCGAAAGGACCGGAAGCUUGGAGCCAACCUCUUCACCAUCGGCUUCGCCAUCUACGAGGUUCCCGAAGAGAUGCACGGGAACAAGCAGCACCUGCAGAAGGACUUCUUCCUGUACAACGCCUCUAAGGCCAGGAGCAAAACCUACAUCAACAUGAGGGAGGUGUCUGAGCGCUUCCGCCUGCCUCCCAGCGAGUAUGUCAUCGUGCCCUCCACCUACGAGCCCCACCAGGAGGGAGAAUUCAUCCUCCGCGUCUUCUCUGAAAAGAGGAACCUCUCUGAGGAAGCUGAAAAUACAAUCUCCGUGGAUCGGCCAGUGAAAAAGAAAAAACCCAAGCCCAUCAUCUUCGUUUCGGACAGAGCAAACAGCAACAAGGAACUGAGCGUGGACCAGGAAGCAGAGGAGGGCAAAGACAAAACAGGCCCUGAUAAGCAAGAGAAAUCCCCACAGCCACGGCCUGGCAAAGCUGACGAGGAAAGUGAGGAACAGCAGCAAUUCCGGAACAUUUUUAGGCAGAUAGCGGGUGACGACAUGGAGAUCUGCGCAGAUGAGCUCAAGAAUAUCCUUAACACCGUUGUGAAUAAACAUAAGGACCUGAAGACACAAGGGUUCACGCUGGAGUCCUGCCGCAGCAUGAUUGCUCUCAUGGAUACAGAUGGCUCUGGGAGACUGAACCUGCAAGAGUUCCAUCACCUCUGGAAGAAGAUUAAAGCCUGGCAGAAAAUUUUCAAACGUUAUGACACAGACCAAUCCGGCACCAUCAACAGCUAUGAGAUGCGAAAUGCAGUCAAUGAUGCAGGCUUCCACCUCAACAGCCAACUCUACGACAUCAUUACCAUGCGCUACGCAGACAAAUACAUGAACAUUGACUUCGACAGCUUCAUCUGCUGCUUUGUCAGGAUGGAGGGCAUGUUCAGAGCUUUUCAUGCGUUUGACAAGGAUGGAGACGGUAUCAUCAAACUCAACGUUCUAGAGUGGCUGCAGCUCACCAUGUAUGCCUGAACCCAGCUGGUCUCAGCCAAGGCCAGGAAGGAUCACUCAGGAUUUCAAUUUCACCCGACAGUUAGAACCACUCACCUGAAAAGGACAUGGUAGCUGCUGCACCCCCAACAGACCUCCAUGCACCUCAUCGGUCCUGUUCCUCCUCGACUUCACUCCCCACUCGGCCUCAGGGCAUCUGUCCAUCUGCCAUGCCCAGACUGACCCCUUAGUUAAGGAAUGAGGGAGAACAAGUUUGUCCCUUUGCCAUAUGGAGGCACGUGUCUGUCUGCCUCAGCUAGUUGUAGCCCAAAUGAGAGCUUCCCUCGGAAUCUAAGCAGCCUCAGGUCUGAAGCAAAUGCUCUCCUUAGCUUGCCCUAGGCUGUUCACUGAGCAUUUGCCAAUGGCACUCGGUACUCCCUGUGCUAGAGCCCUCUAGACCUUUAUGUUCUCCCAUCCAUGGGACAGUAAUCAAACUAGCACUUGCUUCUGUCCGGCUGUUUCAGGAUGGGCCUGCUCUGGAGUAAACUAGCUCAGUGAAAGAGGGCUGGAUACUUUGCGCUGUCUGACUCAGAUGUUUGGCUGCUUUCUGAAAAAAGUUGAUUUAAAUAAAGGCAUAUGUAGAGCUGGUUCUAUCAUGUUUUGUUUUCUCACAUUUAGCAGACAGCCACAGCAGGGCUGAGAAGCUUCCAAUCUUACACUCACUUACCAUGUAGAGAGAGCCCUAGUUUCAAAAUACAACAAAGGAAAACACACACAUUCACACAUAAAACCUGAAACCCACUUUAAUCAUGCCCAUUGCUACUCCUUGAGCAUAGAAAUCACUCAGACACUUUCCAAGAUAUAUGAGAAAAGGAAGAGGAAUGGCUGUUGGUACGUAUUUAGAACAUCAAGAAUAAAUGAGUCCUCUAUACCUAGAGGGGCAGUUACCUGAGUGUAAUGGAGCAGAAAUGUAGUUUUUAAUCUUAACUUCUCCUCUAAUUGACCUGUGUAUGACCUUGAACAAAUCCUUAAAUGUGGCUGUUUGCCAAACUUAUCUGGCCCAUGGUCUGUGGCUUAUCUACAACCAUCUUGUGAUUUCCACCCAAUUUCCCUUCUUACUCUCUCUGCCAGCAUGAAAAAGAAGGGGUUGCCUAUGAAUAUGCAGAUAAGGUAAUGAAAGGAAACAAUUAGUAAAAGUUACUUUAUUUUCCUCUUGUAUUUGCUUUAUAUCUUCUUGCUUUACAAAGUUAUGAAGUUCACAGCUUUUAUACCAAAAUGUAAGAAGGCUAAGCUAUUUGCUUAUAAACAUUUUUUCUGCAGUCAAAUAUCAUUCGAUUUCAUUCUUCUAAUCCAUGUUCAAUAUAGAAAAAAAAAUUCAGGUAUCAGAUCAGGGUUGCUGGAGCAGCUCUAGGGCAUGUAUUUAUUUAUCUUAAGCAGGAGAAAGAUCUUGAACAGCCUUUCCUCCUUGACCCCACCCUCCUCCAAUACAUUUGGGCUACUACCUUAAAUUUGAGCAGAUCUGGGAAACUUUAGUCGCCAUGUGACCCAGCAGUGCCACAUACUUGGGAGGUGGAGGUGAUGUGAGAGGUUACUUUCUGAUAAGUAGUAGGUUUGGUUUACAUCAGGAUUUCACAUCCACCUGCGUAUGGAACUCACUAUAGCCCAAAUCACCUCUACCACAGCUUCUAUUCCUAUCCAUUAGACAUCUUCUCUGCCAUCCUGAGGACCAUGAUGAUUUGGGGCAGGGACAAAAUCACUAUUUCAUCAAUGUGGCAGGCAUGGCCUUCAAAACAGGUCCAGGAGCUCUCCGUUAGGUAACAGGAACAAAGUCUGUAAGUCGGCGUAUAUAAAUUGCAGUUAUUUGAGCAAACCAGAGGGAACGUGCUGUUCAAAUCUCACUUCACAAUAUACUUUGAUCUUCCCUCCAGUGAAUUCUCUUCCAUAAAGCACACCAUACCAUUCCACUAAAUGAUGUACACCUACU